CUUCAGUUUGUCUUUGAGUACGUAAAACGCUAAGAAGAGGGGGGGGGAUUCUGGAUUGUUCUGUCUUGUCAGUUGAGCCUACACCGAGACAACAUUCAUUAAUCACUUCUUUCCGCAGAUCCUCAAAAGCAAGCAAAGAUGAAGCUGGUAUGUGUGAUACUGCUGGUUGCUUGCACAGCGUUUGCUGACGACGACGAUAAGAAGGAGAACGUGGGAACAGUAGUUGGGAUCGAUCUUGGGACCACCUACUCAUGUGUUGGGGUAUUCAAGAGUGGCCGGGUGGAAAUCAUUGCCAAUGACCAGGGAAAUCGCAUCACUCCAUCCUAUGUGGCCUUUACUACCGAGGGUGAGCGUCUGAUUGGUGAUGCUGCGAAGAAUCAGCUGACCUCCAACCCUGAGAAUACUGUCUUUGAUGCCAAGAGAUUGAUUGGUCGGAGUUGGGGCGACUCAUCUGUACAACAGGACAUCAAGUACCUGCCUUUCACAGUUCUUGAGAAGAAGAGUAAGCCCCAUAUCCAGGUUGAAAUUUCUAGUGGUCACGUGAAAACUUUUGCCCCUGAGGAGAUCUCUGCCAUGGUACUGACUAAGAUGAAGGAGACUGCUGAGGCUUACUUGGGCAAGAAGGUCACACAUGCUGUGGUCACUGUCCCUGCCUACUUUAAUGAUGCCCAGCGUCAGGCCACCAAAGAUGCUGGAGUUAUUGCUGGUCUGAAUGUUAUGAGAAUCAUAAAUGAGCCAACUGCUGCUGCUAUUGCUUAUGGUCUGGACAAGAGGGAUGGUGAGAAGAACAUUCUUGUGUUUGAUCUGGGCGGUGGCACCUUUGAUGUCUCCCUCCUCACAAUUGACAACGGCGUGUUUGAGGUGGUGGCAACCAAUGGUGAUACCCAUCUGGGUGGGGAAGACUUUGACCAGCGUGUCAUGGAGCAUUUCAUCAAGCUGUACAAGAAGAAGACUGGAAAAGAAGUGCGCAAGGACAACCGGGCUAUGCAGAAGUUGCGCCGUGAGGUUGAGAAGGCCAAGAGGUCCCUGUCUGCACAGCAUCAGGCCCGAAUUGAGAUUGAGUCCUUCUUUGAGGGAGAAGACUUCUCUGAGAUCCUGACUCGUGCCAAGUUUGAGGAGCUCAACAUGGACCUCUUCCGUUCUACCAUGAAGCCUGUACAGAAGGUGCUAGAAGAUGCUGACCUGAAGAAGUCUGACAUUGAUGAGAUUGUCUUGGUUGGAGGGUCCACCCGUAUCCCCAAAAUCCAGCAGCUGGUGAAGGAGUUCUUUAAUGGCAAAGAGCCUUCCAGGGGUAUCAACCCAGAUGAGGCUGUUGCCUAUGGGGCUGCUGUUCAGGCAGGUGUGCUGUCUGGAGAGGAGGACACUGGUGACGUGGUUCUUCUAGAUGUGUGUCCCCUUACCCUGGGUAUUGAAACUGUUGGAGGAGUAAUGACCAAGCUGAUCCCAAGGAACAGUGUGGUGCCCACCAAGAAGGCCCAGAUCUUUUCUACUGCCUCAGACAACCAGCCUACCGUCACCAUCAAGGUCUAUGAAGGUGAGCGUCCCCUGACCAAAGACAACCAUCUACUUGGCACCUUUGACCUGACUGGUAUCCCUCCUGCUCCACGUGGUGUGCCUCAGAUUGAGGUUACCUUUGAGAUUGAUGUCAAUGGCAUCCUACGUGUUACUGCUGAGGACAAAGGCACAGGCAAUAAGAACAAGAUCACCAUCACCAAUGACCAGAACCGCCUCACACCUGAGGACAUAGAACGUAUGGUUAAUGAUGCAGAGCGUUUUGCUGAUGAAGACAAGAGGCUCAAGGAACGCAUUGAUGCCCGCAAUGAGUUGGAGAGUUAUGGUUACUCACUGAAGAACCAAGUGGGUGACAAAGAGAAGCUUGGCGGCAAGCUGUCUGACGAGGAAAAGGAAACCAUCGAGAAAGCAGUAUCAGAGAAAAUUGAGUGGAUGGAAUCUCACCAGGAUGCCACUUUGGAGGAGUUUCAGGCCAAGAAGAAGGAGCUGGAGGAAGUGGUUCAGCCCAUUAUCAGCAAGCUUUAUGGUAGUACUGAUGCAAACCCGCCUGAGGGUGGAGAUGGUGAGCAGGAUGAGAAGGAUGAGUUGUAGGUAGAAGGACAACUCCAUUUCUCAAUUGCCCCUUACCUCCCUGGUAUAGUGGCACCUAGAUGUUCAUAAUGAACUGAUUGGACUCAAAGGGUGAGUGGAAUGGUUUGAACGGGGUGGAACAAAACGACCAUAUUGACUUUCCUGAAGACAUUUUUUUCAAUGUGAGGGGGUUUUCUCUUCGCUUGAGGGCGGAGAUAUUAAUCGGCCCGGAUUCGAGGCUUGUUGCUGCUGUUCUCAGGCAGUCCUGAAGGGGUUCUGUGGAAGGGAGGGGCUUAGUUGAGUGGGUGGGGGGGCUAUUCAGUCGAGCUUGCAAGGC